AUGAGUGAGGAGGCCUAUGAGGAUUACAAUAAUAUGGGCCCUGAUAACCAUAUUGAAAAAAUACAUGCUCAAAAGCCACACUUAAAAGACUUGAAGGAAAAAUCAAAAAAAGUAGCGAUUGAAAAUAAAGCUAUAAAGUUAUUGAAAGAUAUAGAUCAUGUGUCAGAACGAGAGAAAGCUGUAAAAUCGUUAAAAAAGGCGGGAUAUUCUAUUUCGGAAGAUGAUGAUGUUGAUAAACUUUUAAAUGAAUUGAAGGAAAAAGUGGCUUUAAAGUUGGAUAUGGAUCCUGGUCAAGAUGUUCCACGUGGUUGUAUUAUAAUUAACGAAGAUGGAAUUUGUAAAAUUGAUGUUUGUAUGUUUUAUUUAUCUUAUUUUUGA